CCUAGUGGACACGGGGAGGAUCGUCAAGGCGGGCUGCCCUACGGCGCAGGAGGGGAGGGCCCAGAGCUGGAUCCCAGCCCCGGGCUGUGGCGGGAGAGACGCCCCCUUCCAGACCUUGGGCUGAGAGAGCAGAGCCUGACCUCAGGCUGUGGGGAAGUCGAAGCCCCCCUUCCAGACCUUGGGCUGAGGGCGGGACCCAGACUGGAGGCUGGGGGAGGGCAGAAGAGGCGAGGCCUGGGGCUUCAGGAAGGGAUGGGUGGCAAGGCCCAGGGGUGGGUUGGUCUCUGUCCUGAGAAAAGCAGGACAGAGACCAGCCCACCCAGAGAUGCCCCCCACCCCAUGCUGCCCAAAUGGGGAGACCCUGGGCAGCGGUCUUAACCCAGCAGCCCAAAGGUUUAAGGCCCUGGCUCUCCUCCCCUCCCCUUCCCUCCCUUCCCCUCGCCUGGGCUUUUGACCCCUCCCAGCCCCUCCCUUCGCCUCCACCACCUUUGCCCGGUGGUGGUGACGUUGCGGUGUCUCUGGCGCAGACCAGGCCGGAGGCUGGGGCUGGAUCCUGGCGGCCAUGUUCUCCCUGCUGUCCCUCCCCUCCUGGCUCCCCAGCCUCCCCUCCCUUGAGUGGGGCUCCGGCCUCCUUGACGCCCUCCUGCAAGGUGAGCCCCUCCCCCAUCCCCCUCAGCCCCACCCCCUCCGGGGCACCAGCCCGGCGCAAGACGAACCCCACCCACGUGCGUCUCCCACCGCCCCCUCCUCUAACCCUACCAAGCCGCCUACCCUCCCUACUAACCCCGUCAGGCCUCGUCGGGGCCUGCGGAGUCUCCGUCCUGAACAACCUCCUGAAGGUCUACUUCUUCGUGGGCUGUACCAAUGACCCGGAGCGGCGGCUUGAAAAGGAACGGCUGCGGGCCCAGUGGGCCUCGCUGGAGACCGUGCACCUGGCAGGGCUGGCCCUGAUCCUGACCGUCGUGCAGGUCCGGGUGGCCGCCCUUGUGGUGCUCGAGUUCUCCCUCCGGGCUGUCUCCAUGCUGCUUUCCCUGGACAAGGGCGCCCGGGGCACCGAGAGGCUGCAGCUGUACCUACCGUGCCAGUACCCGCUGGGCUGCGGGCUGACCUGCAGCCUGAGCUUCCUGCAGGAGGGCGCCCCGCACCGCACGCUGAACCUGCUGCUGGGCCUGGGGCUGGCCGCGCUGCUCCGCUCGGGCACCCGGCGCCUCCGCCGCCACGUCUGCCAGCUCUACGAGCUGCACAGUAGCCAGCGCUACUGUGGGGUCUGCCUGGGCCUGCUGGCUGGCGCUUGCAGCCUCCCCCGGCUGCUGGGCCGCGCCCUGGCCGUGACCUUUGCAGUGGGCAACCUGGCAGCCGUGACCCUACUCAACCGGGACUUCCUGACCACCUCGGAGGCUGUGCGUUUCUGGAUGCCGCUCACCAUCUGCUACGCCCUGCUGGUCAUCUACAUGCAGGAGGAGCGGCAGCAGCAUCCCGGCGUGCAGAGCCAGGUCCAGACGGUGCUGGUACGCAUGUGCGGCCUCUUUCUGCUGCUGCUGACCAUGGGCCACUGGCUGGACCUCGUGGGCAUCUUCACCUCCCUGCUGGGCGAGUUCUGGUGCCUGCUGGACACCCGCACCCUGUUUGAUCUUUGCCAGAUACAGGAUUUCCCAUCCCAGAGGCCUUCCGCGUCAGCUCCAAGCCAGCCCCGGCCCUCGGCACCUGCCCAGCCGCAGGGGACGGCCCCCUCCUGACUUACUUCAGCGAGGACCUGGAGUCUCUCAGAGCCGCCCGGGCUCACCUGGAGGCCUUGACCCCAGGAUACUGCCUGGCGGCAGGACGGCAGGGCUGCCCCCCACCUGGAGCACUGGGGGCCCCCGGGAGGGAGGAGAGGAUUUGGGGCUGGGCCCCUCAGAGGGUGGGGACGCAUGGAGGCUGCUGGGUUAACCCUCUUUUUCUCAGGGUGGGCAAUGGGUACAGCCCCUCAGCCCUGCCUUCCCGGAGCGUUGGGGGGUGGGGAGAGAUUGUAUCCUCAGAAUGGCUUCCUCCUUUACCAACCCCCCUUGCCCUGUCCACAGACAGUAAAGGUGAUUCUCUCAGAUUUGUCUCAGAAUCAUGAACGCACAGAGAGGUGAAGAGGCUUUCCUAAGGCCACAGAGCUCUCUGACUGAGGCAGGCUCCUGGGAUAUGGGCCAGCUGGGUCCCUGGGGUUCAGGAAUUUACUAUUGUUGUGGCUGAGGACAUGACAGGGAUGCAGUGGCGUGGAUGGGCACGUGGUCUGGGACUCACCUGCUUCUUGGGUGGAUGAUGCCCGCAUCCUGUCCCAUCCUAGGCUAAGAAACAACUGGAGGGAGUAUGAUGCCUAGGCCUCUAUUGGUGCCCUUGGUCCCCAGCCUCUGACCCUGACACGAGGAUCCUUGCCGUCUCAGCCCUGUUCAGCCUUGUAUCCCCUGCAGGGCCCAGCUCAUGAAGGCCACAGAGUAUAUGGAAAAAGGUUGGGUACCAGCUCCCCUGCUUACCUGCUGUGUGGCCUUGGGUAGGCCACUGCCCCUCUCUGAGCCUGUCAGAAGAACAACUACCAUGUGUUGGGCACUGCGCUGAGCAUUUUUAUUACCUCAUUUCAUUUUAACAUCAGCCCCAAGAGGCAGGUACUCUUAUCCCUUUUUAAAGUCAGAAACCGAGGCUCAGAGAGACUAAGUAACUUGCUCAAGGACACACAGCUAGUUAGUGGCAAGACAGGAUUUGAAUCAGGUAGCCUGACCCGCAGAGUUCAAGUGCUGUGCAUGUUCCCUGCUCCCCACUUCUUGUUGAAGAAUUGGGGCCAGGGAAACUAACAGAGGUGGGCGUAAAAAAUAUGGCAGGUCCAUUCCUGGUAGGUUCUGGAAUGUUGUUCCCACCACCUUCUGUCCAGGUUAGCCUGAGGCUCUACCCACACCCAUGUUCUCCUGGCCCAGGCACCCAGCCCACGAGGUAGUUUGUGUCCAUGGGGAUUGAGGGCCCCAACUCAGAGGCCCUUUCCCAGGAGGGACCCCAUACAGCAAAGGAGACUGCCAGCCAGGGGACUUCCAAAGGGGUUGUGAGGGUCAGGUUGUCUGGGAGAGGCAGGGGAGGCACCAGGGAGGAGGUGGGACCUGGAGAAGGUUCUUUGAGGAUUCCAGUCUCGAAUGGGUCCCACUUCUCAGCAAAGCCCACCGUGGUCACCCGAAGUCUACUGCUUUGGAGCAGACAGAGUCUGGCCUAAGAUUCCACUCCCCACCCUGGGUGCACCUGAGAUACAGGGACAGGCUGGCCCCAAGGCCGGACGGGGCGGUUUCAGCUCAUUCCUCCAGGAAUGGCCACCAACAGACAGUUCGAGCCCAACUUCUGAUCCCCUGCUCUCCAUCCCACCCCCAGGAGGGGCCUUUCAGCCCCAGAGUAGCUGAGGUGGGGGAAGUGCCUGUGGAUGCCCCUCCCCCAAUACAGAACCCAGCCCCCCUCUGCCUGGGAGUGUGCUUGGUUCCCUCUGGGCAGGAAACUUGCCCCAGUCUAGGAGGAAAUGGCUCAGUUAGGUGAGCACAAGGCCAGCCCCUUGCCAGAGCCAGACUGGACACCGGGUUCCAACUCGGGCCUGAUGUUUUUGCUGGAAGGUUCCCUGGCCUCCCAGCCCCCCACACAGCCCGGGACCCGGUGGGGACAGGGUUGGGAGGAGAUUGGACUUGGCAGUCCUUUCCUUUUUAUGGGCACAGGGACUGUUUUCCAAACAAAAAUUGGGCCACGUGGGCUGGAAUAGUAUUCUUUUCUUAUCUAUUAAAUUAUUUUUGUGAAAAAUCUGACAAGGGUAUAAAAAUUAGAUCACUCUAGUGAGCCCUACCAGACAAAGAGAACUAGGCCUGAAGUGCAGAGGGUAGAGGGGAUCGAAAAGGUGCGGUCUGCAACAGGGCCAUGAAGCUGAACUUGUUCUGCCAUGGACCAUGAGAUCCCAAAUCCUGGGCCCGAGACAACAUCCUUCUGAAGAGGUGGGAAACCCGAGCCCCAGUCCCUGCUGAGAGGGAACGGUACCUCUGGAGCACCUGGGGUUGGGGUGAGCCUUCCUCCUCCCUCCUGAGCCCCCGCACCUGUGGGUUUUCUGAGCUAUGGCAUUGUCCCUCUUGAUGUCCUGCAUUCCUUCCCCUAUUACCGAACAUCUGCAUGGGGCGAGGCUCUGGGGCAAACCCUGAGGAUGAGCAAGAUGCCCAAGUAGCAACUGGUGCUGGAAAAAAAAAAAAAAAAAAGUUGGGCCUGGGGACAGAGUGACGGGGGUGAAGGAGGGUGUAUUUGUCAUCUACAGCUAUGUAGCAAAUGGCCCUGAAACAGCAGCGUAAAGCAACAGACGCUUAUCGUCUCGCUUUUUCUGGGGGUUGGGAAUCCAGGUGCAGCUUGGCUGGGUCUUCUGGCUCAGAGUCUCACAGGCCACAGUCAAGGUGUCACCUAAGGCUGUGGUGUCAUCCUAAGGCUCGACUGGAGCAGAAUCCACUUCCAGUCUCACUCACGUUGCUGUCGGCAGGAUUCCGUCUAUCACGGGCUAGUGGACCGAGGGGCUCAGUUCCUCUCUGGCUAUUGGCCAGGGUCUCCCUCAGUUCCUUGCCACGUGGCCCUCUCCAUAGGGCAGCCCACGACAUGGCAGCCAGCUUCCCUCUGUGAUGCAAGUCAGGGAGACAGACAGAAGAUGAGCAGGACAGAAGUCACUGUCUUUGUAACCCCGUGUUAAAAGCGACAUCCCACUCUUCUGCUCUAUUCUGUUGGUUAGAAGCAAGUCGCUGGGUCUAGCCCACCCUUUAGAGAAAGGGAUUACACAAGGGCAUGGCAGAGGGUGGGGGUUCUCAGGGGGCCGUUUUAGAAGCUGCCUUCCACAGAAGGCUUCUUUGAGGAGACCUGAAUGGACUGCAGGAGCAGGCCAAGCGGAAAGCUGAGGGAAGAACACCCCAGGCUGAGAGAACGGCACGGGUAAAGGCCCUGAGGUGGGAACAAGCUGGGAGAAUCCAGGAACAGCAGGAAAUUUAGCAUGGCUGGAGCCUCACAGAGAGGAUGGAGUGGCGGGAAUGAGGUCACAGAGGUGGGCAGGGACCAGAUUGCUCAGGGCCACAGCCAGCAUUAGGAAUUUAUUCCCCUGUGACGGGCAGCUAGUGGAGGGUUUGCACAUGGAGGUGACAUAA